AUGUUGGAGUGCACGGAUCGGAUGUGCCGUUUCAAGUGCUCCAGGCGCUUGAAUUGUUUGUCACAUUCAGGACAUGGGAACGGCUUUGGCUCAUCAUCACCAUCCGACCCGUGCCGCGGUAUGCUGGCAUCACUCUUAAUCUCAUGCUCGAAGCUGUGUACGGUCACCUGCGGCGAUUCGGGUGCUAGCCCCAGUGAUGGCGCGGCGAUAGAAGGGGUCAUGAAGUGUUUCUUGGGCAGCAUGUACACUGCCUGUUCCAUAGCAACAGUAUCUUCAGGAAUGGCGGUGGUAACAGACUUCCGCCGCUUUCUCUUGGAAAUCCCACGAGACGGGCUUAUAUCACCACGGGUAGCGACAGGGAUGCUAUUACGCCUCUUCGCUGCCGGUUUGACGAUUCCUGUUGGGUUGGUUGCAACUGUUGCUCCAACAUCCAGGAGAACGCCAUCAGUAUUGUUGAGCCAAUAA